ACUGCUGCUGUGUCUCUGGAUAGAUUUCAGUAACGCCCUCCUCUGUUCUCACGGACGACCUGACACUCCUCUGCCGAGAAAACUCAAGGGCUGCUGUUGCCGUUGCGGUCCCAAUCUCUACCCCUACCUAGAAGCCCUACACGGCGGCUUUGCACGUAGAGUAAGUCAGCUUUCGGAAGCGGAGAGAGAGGUGUUGCAGCAAUAUGGCCGGCGCGAAGAGGACAUGCGGACGAACAGCCGUGGCUGUGCUGGCGGUCGCCGCUCUCCUCGCCUCUGACUGUGCGUCCGCCCAGGAGAUGCCCGGCAAGGGAAUGACUUGCUGGGACAAGCGCGAGCUGUGCGACCUGAACUGCGUGUACGCCACCACGGCGGAGGACGAGGACUUCAACCUCACGGACUGCAGCACCGGAUGCGUGACCUCACAGGCUUCGUGCACGGACAGCGCCGAGACGCUGGCUUACGUAGAGUGCGCCAAGGAUUGCACGUUGACGUACGACGGGUCCUUGACCAAGUGCAACCAGAAAGUGUCGGACCAGACGAAGAACACCUACGGCGCUAACCUUGAUGCUUGCGCGAACAUUGCCUCGGGGAUCAUGGACGAUUGCAUGGAGGACUGCUACGGAGAAGACCGUUUCAACGGUUGGACUCCCAUGAAGGAGGAAGGCAAGGACGCCAACGGUAUCGACUUGCCCGGGUUGGACGACGGCGUGUGGAGACGCCCCUUCCGUUCCGAGUCGGUCAUCUACGGCCGCCUCAGGGGGGAGUUGGAUCCCAAGUAG